AUGUGGAAGUGGCUGCCAUCGCUGGCACUCCUCGCUGGCGGUGGGAGUGCCACUCGCUUGACUCCACCCUACAUCAGCAGCCUGGGCUCUCUUCCGAUGGCCGAAACCGGUGUGGGUGAUGCCCUGCUACCAGCAACCGCUCUUGCUGUGGCCUUGGUCGCCCUUGAUGAGCGGAAGAGCAAAGACGUGGAGAAAUGCGCUUGGGCACAGAUGUUGGAGGAUAAGGACCUCGAGGACAGCAACAGCAUUACCUCCAAGCAGUUUCGCCUUGACUUACGCGUCCCCUACAGCUUCUUUCUAUCGCUCGUGGCGUUGGUGAAGAGCAAGGGCUGGUUCACCACUUCUGGCUGCGAUGCAGCAGAUCGGCAAAGCCACCCAGUGGAGCACAAGGUGGGCUGA